UUCUUAACUUUCAGAUAAAAUGGUGAAUGUAAAGGAUUUAAAGAAUUGUUGUUGUUUACCAACAAGUUGGUAUUUACUUCUCCUCGCCCUUCCUUCUACUCAUACAUCAAAAAACCAGUUCGAAUCCAGCAGCAGUUCAAGUCUCAGAAUCUUUGUUGGUGAUUCAGUGGUAGAAACAAAUAUGCUAAACCCUAGUGGAGGUUAUAAUACUCCAUACUACGACAACGAGAUGAUAUCUAACCUAACACUAGAGGCCGGUCAGAUAGCAGAGCUGCCAUGCAUUGUCAGACAAUUGGGAUCUAAACUGGUAAAUAUAUCUAGAUCUUAUCUUGUUCUAGAUCUUGUUCUAGAUCUUGUUCUAGAUCUUGUUAUAGAUCCUGUUCUAGAUCUUGUUCUAGAUCUUGUUCUAGAUCUUGUUCUAGAUUUUGUUCUAGAUCUUGUUCUAGAUCUUGUUCUAGAUCUUGUUCUAGAUCUUGUUAUAGAUCCUGUUCUAGAUCUUGUUCUAGAUCUUGUUCUAGAUCUUGUUCAGAUCUUAUCUUGUUCAGAUCUUGUUCUAGAUCCUGUUCUAGAUCUUGUUCAAGAUCUUGUUCUAGAUCUUGUUCUAAAUCUUGUUCUAGAUCUUGUUCUAAAUGUUGUUCUAGAUCUUGUUCUAGAUCUUGUUCUAGAUCUUGUUCUAGAUCUUGUUUUAGAUCUUGUUCUAGAUCUGAGUAGGUUUUAUUAUUCCAAACCCUACUCAAGUACCUGGACCCUCAGUAUAGAUGGAGUGAGAGGGCAGGAUAGCGGACUAUACGAAUGCCAAGUGAGCUCGGAGCCGAAACUGAGCAAAUUUAUUCUGCUGAACAUCAAAGUUCCACUUCUGCAGAUAGAGGGAGCACCAAAGAAGCUAGCUAAGCGUGGUAGUGAAGUUGUGUUACAGUGUGCAGUGAAGAACUCAAAAAUACAGAGAACAUUGCAAUGGUCCUUGCAGAAAGAAGGGAAAGGAUUGGAACUUCUAAACUCCAAAACAAUAAACCAGUCCUUAAAGAAUAAUACAGGUAUCUACAGAGUACAAUCUAUGGAUGAAAAUGAUGUAGGAUUAUAUACCUGUAUGUCAGAAAACCUGAAUCCUGUAUCAGUUCAGCUUCUUCUACUACCAGAGGAGACCCAAGCGGAGGGUUUGCAGGACGGAUUAAACGGCUCGGCCUUGCCGGAUACUCAUUUACUCCGCCUCUCCGCUCUCAUCUACAUCUUAGCAUUGAAAUAUUUCUAAAAACUUCAAAGAGUCCUCGCUUUACUAAUAGAACAAAACCUAAAUUUUGUUCGCUGACGAACUAUCAAAAACGUUACAAAUCAACAAAAAAAUUUUCGAAUAUGUGGAGGGAGAAGUCCCCUACAGGGAAGGUUAAUUCAAGGGGAAUUCAUGUCUAAGUACAUUUUAGUGUGGGUAUAGGGAUAUCAACGCCCUCCCAAGCUUAAAUUUAAUCUAUAUUUUUAAAAAUAAAACCAUACAAAAAUUUUACAAACUUUUCUGUGAAAUUAUUCAUUUAUUACUGAGCUAAAAAUUCCUCUUGUUUAUUUCUGAGGAAGUAUGUUGUUUUACUUUACCAUCCCUUGGGAUUAUGCUGCUCUCCAAUGAACACUAUUUCUUGAAUCUAUGUAAGUCCCGGGAAAAAAAAGUUUCUGGAAAAAAACAACCUGGAAAUAAAAACUUUGGAAAAACAGUCCGAAUUUUAUCAAGUCCUCGGAAAAAAUGUCACUGGAAUAAAGUCCUGUGUUUUGGAUUCCUGGGACUUUUUUUCCUAAAACAGUAUGUGCAUGGGGGCUGCCAAUAAAGUCUCAGGAAAUAAGAUCCCAGGAAAAAAAGUCCUGAAGGAAAUGAAUCCGAGGAAAAUAAAAACCUAGAAUUGUGAAUCAUGCAUUUUCACUUGUUACAGGACUUUAUGUCUGAGGACUUUUUUGUAUAAAAUCAUACUGGAGCCA